AUGCGUCUCCAACACGCCCAAUUGCCAGUGAAUCACCAUACGGAAAUUGUCACAGCAUGUUGCUGGACACCCGAAAAUGACGCGAUCACGUGCAGCGAUGACAAGUCGAUUGUACGCUGGCGAAUGGAUGGAGAAGUUGUGGGUACUGUGAUGAAAAUAGAAGCGUACGUCACUGCCGUACAUUGGGUACCAUCAUUGGGCAAACAAGGUGCCGAUACAUUUGUUGUUUCCUGUACUGAUGGAACAUUUCGUUUGAUAUCAAAAAACGGACGCGAGGAGAAACGCGUUCAGGGCUGUGAUGCUGGAGCUGUGAUUGCUCUUAAGUGGAAUUAUGACGGAACUGCACUUGUCACGGCAGGAGAAGAUGGCUCACUUAAGAUCUGGUCACGCAGCGGAAAUCUUCGAUCGACACUUGCAACUACGGGAAGAUCUAUAUAUGACGUUUGCUGGGGACCUGAUGGCGAUCAGCUAUUGUUUACCUACGGCAAUUUUUUAGUGAUCAAAACUGUGCAAUUCGGUCGCAAAGAUAUUCAGUGGAAAGCUCACGAUGGUUCCAUCUUGUGUUUAGACUGGAACCCUAUCAACAAUCGCCUUAUUUCGGGUGGUGAAGAUCGCAUUUUUCGAGUUUGGGAUGCCUUUGGUCGUCAGUUGUACCAGAGUCCAGCGGGCGAGCAUGUUAUCACGUCUAUCGCUUGGUGUCCAAAUGGUAAUUGCUUUGCUGUGGGAUCGUACAACUUACUCCGACUUUGCGAUCAGACUGGAUGGUCUUACUGUCGCCAACGUCCUCAGAGCGGAUCGCUGAUGGAUUUGGCUUGGUCUUCGGACUCAACACAACUAGUGGCUGCAGGUGGCAAUGGGGCUACUGUGUUUGCACAGGUUGUGGGGCGUAUGUUGCCUUGGAAAAAGGUCGAAGUGACGCUUGUGGAUCCCCGCAAGAUCCACGUUCAUGAUGUCGUGAACGAAACCCUGGAAGAGCUGGACUUUGCCCGCGAUCGAGUUGUAGAAAUGUCGUUCGCUCACGGAUUCCUUGUCGUUUGCACGGCGACGCAGUGUUUCAUUUACGAUGCGCAGAGCUGGAACACGCCUCACAUUUUUGACUUACGCGCUGCAGUUAGUUUACUCGUUCAAAGUGAAAAUCAUUUUUUGACCGUAGACCAUUUUAAUGGGAUUCAAGUCUACUCAUACGAAGGAAAACCCGUCAGUAAUCCGAAGUUCUCUGGUUUACAUGUGAAUUUUCUCAGUAGCCGCACUCUUUCGCUUAGUAGUGAUACUCUCGCCAUUUUGGAUCACUCGGAUCGUAGAACGAUUCGAUGCUUUGACAUGAAUACCGGCAAGCAGCUUUCAGUAGUCAUCACGCAUUCUCUUGAAAUUUUAGAGCUAUCUCUUAGUCAUUUUGGGAUCAUGGAAGAUCGCAAGAUUUUUUUUAUUGAUCGAAACCGUGAUUUGUAUCUAUCUCGUGUCAUGAGCAAUGGUAUUGUUAAAUUGCACGCUCAAGUUGAUUCUGCAGCGUGGAAUGAUGCGUCUGAACUUCUUAUUGCCAUAGCAGACACAAAACUGCUCACAUGGACGUAUCCAAACAUGGUGUACGUAGACCGAACGCUACUGCCAGAUGUGAUCGAGUCUAGAGAUGCCGCUGACUUUUUGAAUCUGGCGGCGAUUACUAGCUUUGUGGGCUCGAGCGUCACUGUGAGGCGGGCAGAUGGCACCAUUAUUGCUGCGGGUAUACCACCCUACGCUCCAAUGCUGUAUGAAUUCACAACGGUCGCCGACUGGGAUAAAGCUGUUCGACUCUGCCGAUUUGUAAAGAGUAAAAGCCUCUGGACUUGCUUAGCCGGCAUGGCACUUCAUCGACGCCACUUAGAAACGGCAGAGAUUGCGCUUGCUGCCAUCGAAUGUGUCGAUAAGCUUUAUUAUGUGCUUUACGUGAAGAAUUUGGCCUCCGAUGAGGUACGGAAUGCAGAGCUGGCCCUUUAUUCUGGCAACAUUAAUGAAGCCGAAGCUAUCUUACUACAAGCUCAUCCAACCCCGCUCGUUUAUCGAGCAAUAAAGCUCAACUUAAGGCUAUUUCGCUGGGAACGAGCUCUCGAUUUAGCUAUCAAGCACACAACAGACGCAGGAACGCAUGUGGACACGGUAUUAGCCUAUCGCGAACGUUUUUUAGCGGCAAACAAGCUGCAAGAGACAGACAAAAAAUAUUUGCAAUACUCGAAACAAGUUACUAUAGACUGGGAGACGAUAUCUAAGAAGAAGGAAGUUGAGCGGGAAAAGGAGCAGCAUAGCAACGGUGGAAGUCGCCGAAAGUAA